AUGAGGCGCCUUCCCUCGUGCAUUCCUCUGCCUGGGCAGCUCAUAGGUUCUCUUGAGACAUACUGCAGCGAACAUUUUGGCUGGCUCCAGUGCUCUGAGAUUGCUCAUAUCUUCGCCGAGCUGCAGCGCCUACGGGAUGCAGCAGUUGCCUCCCUCACCCCAAAGAGUGGCUCUGAAGAAGCAGAGGCUCGUCUAAUUGAAUACGGAAGUCUAUUGCGUGCUGUGUCAUCGCGGCUUUCCGGAAAACCUCCAGGGGCUCCCCCUGGCAGUGUCUUACGGCUGCAGCUGCCGUGGCUGUGUGCUCUGUUCUCCCCCAUCAGCAGCAUCCCCAGCGGCAGCAGCAGCUUGUGGGGAGGGAAGGGGGGCACUUGCCAAGCCGCCGCUUCACUCUUCACGCUGGCAGAGUCUCUCGCUCUCUCCGCUCAGAGCCUCUCUGCCGAUGCCCGAGCCUUCGCUGCCUUUUCCUUGGCACAUGCGCAGUCCGUUUGCUACGAGGUGGCCUCCCGGGAGUCUAUGAGUCUUACCUUUCGCUCAAAACUCGCGGCUCACGCCUCUACCCUUUUUGCUGCUGCAGCAGAAGGGCUCCAAGCAGCUCAGCAGAAGGCACCUGCAGAGGCUUCUUUAAUGCCCUCGCUGCAGCGCAGCGGCAAGGCUACCGAGGCCGUUGCACUAGAGGGUUGGUCUGAGGAGCUGUGCUUUACAGCCGUUGCGCAUCUACAGCUCGCCCUUCAACAGAAAGAAAUCGCAGAGGCCGAAGGUGACGGCUUCGGCAUGCUUGUGGCUCGAAUUACACUGGCUGAAGAGUUCCUCUGUCGGGCAGAAGCAGAAGCGUCUGCUGCCGCAACAAGGACUCCUGGGGCACCCAGGCUGCAAACAGCAAGGCUACGUGCUGCUGUUGAUGCACUGCUAAGGGGAGCAAAGAGAGACAACCAACUGGUGUACAUGGAGCCGGUGCCACCGGCGUCUGCAAUUCCACCCCUAGAGGAGAGUUCCUGUCUGAGGGGGACCUCAGCCCAGGUGUCUCUCCAGGAGCUACUGCCCCCAAACGAACGGGCAGAGCAGCAGCUUAGUGCGUUACUGCCGGCCGGCAUUCGCGCGCUCGCGGAUGAGUACCAGGCGCUGUUUCAGACAGUCACGGCCCAAGUAAAUACUGAGGCAAAUGACCUGCUCUCCGAAGUGGCUACUUUUCUCCAGGCACAGCACCUGCCUGAUGCGCUACGCAGCAGACUUCGUACUGUGCGUCAGGCUCAGCAUCCCCAGGUCCAACAGACAACAGAGAAACAACAGGGGAAUGAGCAGCAGCGACUGAUGCAGCGUGGUCAGUAUGGAUGGUGCGAUGACCAGGAGCAGAUGCCUCCACCACAGCGGACGGGGAACGCGGGGCCUGCGGUUGCCUUCGAGUUUUCUACUGCAUGCAGCCAUGAGUUACUGUCUGUUCAGUCCCUGGGGGGCGCUCAAAGGCUGAGGCAACAGCAAGUAAUGCUGCAGCAAUUGUCUGUAGAUGCUGCAACACAGCUGGCCACGGUGCAGCACCAGCUCCAGAGUCAGCUACAGCUGCUGCAGCAGCAGCAAAAACAGCAACAGGACGCGGGUCCAACCGAAUUCAACAAACACCAGCAACAGCAGCUAGCUGAUCUUGAGGUUAAAACCCGGAAGCUGCUGGAUUGCGCCUCCCUAUACACCGAAAAGCUGCAGCAAGCUCAGCAAGCCAAUGAAAUUAUCGGCUCGCGAGUGUAUGCAGCUCUGGGACCGCUGCGGCUGCCUUCGGCCAUACACGUGUCUCAGAAGGAUGGAGCUCCUGCUGCGCCUACAGCAAAUGCUGCGGUAUUACCCACCCUUGAGCAAAUCCUGUGCGUAGGGAAGGACGAUGCAGAACAAUUGGUGCAGAAGGUGCUCCUUCACCUGCAGGGCUACCGGAAGGGCAGCAAGCAGCAGCAACUGGUACAGCAGCACCUCGAUGCAGCUCAUGCUGCCCUUGUUGGUCUAGAGUCCUGCAUUUACACCCUACAGGAAGAUCAGCACAAGCUGUGUCAGUCAUCGGAAUUGCUGCCGGAUCGCAUACUGCAACAGCUACGGCAAGCAGCAGCAGCAGCCACAAGCAGUCAAGCAACACCCAAUGUAUGUACAGCAGCGGCUUCAUCCAACCUUCGAGGGGAAGUUGCGCGUCAGCUAGAACUAGCGAAGCAGCGCUGGAUGGCGCUGCUUAGCGCAGAAACCGCAUCGAACGAGCUGCAGCAGCAGCUGAAGCGACAGCAAGCAGAUGAGCUACAACAAGUGGUACAGCAGCAAGCGCAAUCUCUAAGAAAAGCCGUCAGUGAACAGCAACAGGGGAUCGCCUUCUUCUCCCAGCUACAGGAAUUCUUGCACCAGCUGCAGCAGCACCAAAAACAGCUGCUCAGUGGAAUGCAUGCAUGCAUCCGCUCGGCCUACGUGCAACAGCAAGAACAACUGCACCAGCUAAAACACAAAUACCCGCAGGAGGCGGAACAUGAGGAGGAGAGCCCUGAACAGAUCCCUCCUUGGCCCACCACCAGUUCUCUUGAUGCCAGAAGCUGCCGCAGCAGCAACAGCAGCAGUGUCGGAGGUACCGCGCACUGGCGGCGUUAUAGUACCGGUGCGUUAAUACCUCCUAGCAGAAAACCAAGGCGCUUGAGCAGCAACAGCACCAUCACCCGACAAGAUAAGGAUCCUGCUGCUGCAUUUGUACGUGAGCCCUGCUUCCCGAAUUCCAGUGCCCAGAGCAGCUUCAACAGUAAAGCGCCGCGCACAGCAGCCACGACGACAGCUGCAGAAAGCAGUACGGGGGCAUCAUUUGCGCUCAUGCAUUCCCCCAUUAGGCCCCGAAGCACCAGGCACAGUAAGGGUUCCUCAGGCACUAGUCCUAGUAUAAUAAUACCUGCAGCACCAGCACCGUGGGACCCUCCGAGAAAACCUCCUAAUCCCGACACGGUGUUUGGUGGUGGAAUUCCUUUUCCAGAUGUACUUACAGCUCCAGAUAACGAAACCCAGUAG